UAUUUUAUGAUUGCUAAUUUCAUUGUCGUCUGACAAUCAUUCAUCUACGUCCCUGAUGAUAUAUUUUUCCAAUCACAAAGGAAUAAUCUUUUGUGUACAAACUAUACUGGGAACAAAUCUCUAAAAAUCAUUCACAUGAACAAUUUUUCUACAGACUAAUCCUACGUCCAUAUACCUCUGUGUCAGCCAGUCAGUGAUUUAAAAGCUUGAAAUUAAAAUGUCAACUCCUGCUAGAAGACGUCUUAUGAGGGAUUUUAAACGUUUACAGGAAGAUCCACCUACAGGUGUGUCAGGUGCUCCUACAGACAACAACAUCAUGAUAUGGAAUGCUGUGAUAUUUGGUCCUCAUGACACACCUUUUGAAGACGGAACAUUCAAACUCACCAUAGAAUUUACAGAGGAAUAUCCAAAUAAACCUCCAACAGUAAGAUUUGUGUCUAAAAUGUUUCAUCCAAAUGUGUAUGCCGAUGGUGGCAUAUGUUUAGACAUUUUGCAAAACAGAUGGAGUCCAACUUAUGAUGUAUCAGCUAUUCUAACAUCCAUACAGUCGUUACUAAGUGACCCCAACCCCAAUUCACCUGCAAACUCAAUGGCAGCACAACUAUACAAAGAAAACAGGAGGGAAUACGAAAAACGGGUGAAAGCGUGUGUGGAACAAUCAUUUAUAGAUUAGCAGGGGACAGCCAGGAUCUCAGACAUCAGUGAUGUAUGCAUGACUGUGCUGCUGAUAAUGCUGGCAUAUACAACCAUGUAAAUUCAUUGGGACAAAUAUGUAGUAUAGCUAUAUAGCAUCAUGAUAUAACUUUUUUAAGAUUAAUCUCUUACAAAUCCCUAAUUUAGAAAACACUAUUAUUAUUAUACCAUAAUUAAAAAUAACAUUGAUACUUUCUAGAAUUAUAAUCUACUGCUAUCUCAUAAUGCUGUAAGCCAUUAUUCAUAAAGUAGUAACAAAUAUUACCACCAAGAAAAGUUUCAUAGCGUUUUUUAAAUAUAUGAGAAUAAUAUAACCAAAAACAAAGACACCAUGAAUGUACAUCUAACAUAUUAACUAUAUCGAGGGUUACUCUCAGACAUUCGCAACUACUGAAAGGGGAAGUGAUCACAUUUGUUAUACCUAUAUAUGUAAUCUAUAUUUGAGAGAUCAUAUAAUAUAAUGACUAAUGUUGAGCCUUAUAGGUUUAGUACAAUACUGAAUCAACAGAAAUAUACACAUAGGUUCGGUCGCCAAUCAGCCGGUCUGUUAUAUGUGACGAGCCCUUAUACCAAGGCAAUUUGUAUCUAAAUCGGGAUAUGAUUGAUGUUAUCACACCGUUUAUACCGCAUAUACUAGUCCAUGACGAAGUAAUGGAAACAAACUAGUUCAUUAUAGAUACACAAUUCAUGAUUGUGAGGAAUAUUUUAUAUGUUACGUUCAUACCACUCUCUCUAUUCAGUUUAUAUAGUUAGUAGACUAUUACAUGUCUAGUGAAUUUAGAUUCAGACAUUUUGUUUCUGUUUCUUAAUCUGGAGCCACUUCCUAGAAUGAACAGAGUCAACAUUGAUUUCAUAUAGACAAAAUUGAAUAUGUUUAGUUAUAAUAAAUACUAUAUAUCUAACAAGAUCAAAUUUCGCAACUUUUCCAACGACUGCAAUAUGGAGGAGAUUCUCAAAGUUACUAUUCUAGUACCUAAUUCAAUUAAUUAUUCUAAUUAUAUAAUUCUAAUCUUUACUUCUGUAUACAUUCGCUAAAAAUUCUGUUAGUUUUUUUUUACACUAAAAUACUAAAUCUAUUUUCCUUAAUAUUACGUAUUUGUCUGCUAAAUUAAAAUAAUAAUAUGGUCGUCUAUAUGAUGUGUGUAUACUAUAAUAUUCACUUUCUCCCUGUUAAACGAAAUUUUAGUCUUAUUAUUAUAUCUACCCAAUACACUUGGUGCUCAAACCGGAGUUUAUAUCUGAAAUUAGUUAAAAUAAUAGGAGAGGGGUUAUAUUUUCUAUCAACAUACCUUUGCAGACAUAUUUUUCCAUUACGAGAUGAAUGUCAAAGAUUAUUUUUUUAAUAAUUUACAGACAUGCAUAAUACAAUGUAGGUCGGACAGUUCACUGUCAGACCUACAGGUCUCAUCAAUUUACAUAUACUGCUAAAAGCAUAGUAAGUUGUAAGUAGUCAAACUUUUUGUAACUUGCUAUAAAAUGUUUCACUACUUACAACCACACAAAAAUUAAUACAUAAGUACUGAUUUUUGUAUAUUCACAUAAAACAAUUGGGUUUAUAUACUUUUGCGAAAUAACAUAAUUACGUUUUACCACCAUUUCCUUAUCCUAUUUUUUUUAAUCCUGCUGCACAAGUAAGCUAGAUCCGAGUUAUGAAAUUGUCCCAAUGGAUCUAUUCUGCAACAAUGUGUAGCAGUUUCUUGUUUUUUUUUAUUGAAACUAAAAGUAAAAAUGUCUAGUGUUGCAAAGAUAUUUUUACGUACCUAUGUGUAAUAUUUUGUCCUAGUAAAAUAUUAUUUUCGGUUUUA